AUAGAUGGCGUUAUUUUUAAAGAUGUCUGCGCCCAUGAAGUAGGAGGUGAAUAUUUUAUGAAGCUUAAGUGAACCAGAAUGGAUGAUGAGAAUGUCACAUGCAGUCUUCUGAAGAGGUUACAUGAUUACAAUGAAAGCCUUCUUGAUGAAAAUUUCACUAAGAAACAAAUGAGAAAGAAAAAACAAAGAAAAGAUGAGGAUGAUUCAAAUGUAGAUAAAGAUUCAUCAACCAGUAAAUUUAACAGACGGAAAAAGAAAAAGGAAAGGAAGAAACAAAAGAAAGAACUUUUACAGAAUGCAGGAAUGAAUGAAAAUAAUAAGAAUGAAGAUAUAUGUAAAUUUACAGGAGAAAAAAGAACUCUUUUUGAAAUGAAAAAUGAACUUGGGUUACAAGAAUUUGAGCAAAAGUUAGAAUCAAUAAAACAAACAACCUCAGAGAAAAGUAAAAAUGGGAAACCUACAACAGGUCCUGAGGUUGUUGUGUAUGAAAACCCCAGCAAACGAAAAAGAAAGAAUGAUAAAGGAUUUGGAAAACGUACAGGAAUGAAGGAUGGUAACUCUGAUGAAGAAUUUGACAUGAAGAGAGCAAGAUAUGAAGUUCGGAAAUUUGGUAUAAAAGGUUUUGAAGGAAAUAAGAAAGAUGAAGCAAUGGUGGCUCUCCUUGUACAACUAGGUGCAAAGCCACCAAAGAACAAGUUUUACAAUUAUAAAGAGUUCAUUGCAAUGAAAAAAACUGAGAAGGCAAAUGAGAAAAUACAGAGAGAAAUAGAUAGAAGCUUAGGGUAUAAAGUGGCACCAAACAGAGGCAAAAGAAGACAAAAAGACAGGAAUGAUGUGGGUGGUUAUGUGGAUGGACAGGUUGGAAAGUUUAAAGAUGGAGUACAGUUUGUUAAAAGAGCUGAUCUCAAAGGCUUUGCAAGCAAAAGAAAAAAAUAAAAGUAUAAAAAUUGUUAA